AUGUCUUCGACUUUGACCAUUCUACCAUCUACGGAGAUGCUGGGGUACAAAGCUUGGCAAGAGAAGAUAACUCUGUUUGACUUCCUAAUGCCCGGCUUUUUGGGCACGGAGAAGCAAUUCACCGCGCGAUAUUCGAAACCGAUACUGGCGAGCAGGGAUCCCAAGUGUUCGACGAAGGAGCAGGAGGCCGGAGCGCUCGCGAUGGAAUCUCUGCAUCGGCAAGUUUUACCGUUUUUAUUGCGAAGAAUGAAGGAGGACGUUCUUGACGAUCUACCGCCGAAGAUUACUCAAGAUUAUUAUUGCGAAUUAAGCUCAUUGCAGGAACAGCUUUAUGAUGAUUUCUCAAAAUCGCAAGCGCAUCUCACUCUACAGCAAUCGUUCUCGACGGGCGCCACUGCCAGUUCAAUGCAAGGCAACACGCACAUCUUCCAGGCCUUGCGAUACCUCCAAAAUGUGUGCAACCAUCCAAAGUUGGUUCUGAAUUCGUCCCAUCCUCAGUAUUCGCAAAUCAUCGCUCAGCUGCAACAGCAACAGUCUCUGCUGGACGAUAUCAAUCAUUCCGCGAAGCUACCCGCCCUCAAGCAACUUCUGCAAGACUGCGGUAUUGGUUCGACCGAAACGCAAAAUUCGGAAUUGGUAAUAAACCAACAUCGCGCCUUAGUUUUUUGCCAGCUAAAGGCCAUGUUGGACAUAAUCGAGUUCGAUCUAUUCAAGAAGAAUAUGCCGUCAGUUACCUACCUUCGACUGGACGGAUCCAUUCCUCCAGGACAAAGACAUUCCGUUGUUACAAGGUUUAAUAAUGAUCCGUCCAUUGAUGUGCUCUUACUCACGACGCAAGUCGGCGGGUUGGGAUUAAAUUUGACCGGUGCAGAUACGGUUAUUUUUGUCGAGCACGAUUGGAAUCCAAUGAAAGACCUUCAAGCUAUGGAUCGGGCGCAUAGGAUCGGUCAGAGAAAAGUGGUGAACGUAUAUCGGUUGAUCACUCGAAAUACACUUGAGGAAAAGAUUAUGGGGCUUCAGAAGUUCAAGGUCCAAACGGCGACAACCGUGAUCACUGGAGAAAACAGUCGUCUCGAAUCGAUGGGCACCGAUCAACUGCUCGAUUUAUUCUCACACAAGCCUCUAACCGGAAGCGGUUCUGUGGGCGGCCGCACAGAUGCAAACGGCGUUCGCGCCUUAUUAGACUCCCUGCCCGACUUGUGGGACGAAAGACAGUAUGAGGAUGAAUACGAUUUAUCUCAGUUUAUGGAUAAGUUACAAAAUUAAUUUUUUUUGUAUGCGUUUAAUUAAUAAAUUGUCUCUAGUCGUUUUUGACGUACACUUAGAAGAGUUUUAUAAUUUAGUACAACGAUCGAUUCUGUAUUAGGGCCUAAUUUCUUGUAUCCACUUGCAUGUAUUAAGUUGAGAAUAAUUUGGAAUUAUAGUUUUAAUGAUGUUAAUGUAUAGGUAGUGUGUGUGUAACUAGCCAUAAUUUAUUUAAGUAACUUUAAUUAUCAUAUUUUACACGCUGUAUAUUGUAAUAGAGGCUUAAACCACA